UAUCGACAUAUUCAAGAAAAAGAGAAUCGAACGAGAACCCGAAUUGCAAAAAUAACGCUUACGCCUUCAAUCUCUAUCUCUUUAACACGAACCCAACUGGGUUUCUUCCUUCAGGCCAGUGUCUUGGCUUACCCCCUUCUUUCCCCAUUUAUAUUACCUUAUAAUUUCAAAUGUGUUUCAACGAUUUCUGGAAUCUAAGACGAAGAUGAGAGAAGAAUCAAGGGGUGUCUGUCAUUUUCUGUGACUGUGCCGAAAAACAUCAUCAAUCCGUCAUGGGUUUGUGGUACAAUCGAAUCGUCUGAAAAGAAUAUGCCUUUUCCUCAUUUGCCAACUGUGUCAUAAUUCAAUCCAUUUGAUGUUGCUUCUUCUUCUUUAUUUUAUUUUAUUUAUUUAUUCAAAUAAUCCAUUUCUGUUGUUUCCUUGUAUCUAAAUUUAGAAAAUUUUCGUAGUCAAGCUUCCAUCUUUGAUUGUAAUUACAAGUUCGUUAGAGGCGCUUUUCUGAAUUUUUGUUGAAACGUCUAGAGUUUAGAAUCAGCUUCGCAUUUCGUGUGGGAUAUCAAUUGGGUAUUUCGAAAUUUGAUCUCAUUAUACAGUUGUGUCCCCUAUUGGUCUCGGGAAUUUGCAUGAUUGGGGCUUACUGGAGACAACUGCUUACAAGAUUUACCUUUUUGUAUAAAUUGGUAAUGUGUAAGCCUUCAACCUCUUAAUUUUGGUGAAGGAUGUAUGCUGUAGGGAGGCUAGGUAGCUAUAUCACUCAAGGGGUUUAUACUGUCUCAGGCCCUUUUCAUCCAUUUGGUGGGGCUGUGGACAUUGUUGUGGUACAACAACCAGAUGGUAGCUUGAAAUCAUCCCCUUGGUAUAUUAAGUUUGGGAAAUUUCAAGGGGUUUUGAAGGCAAAAGAAAGAGUUGUUGACAUUAAUGUUAAUGGGGUUGAUGCUGAUUUCCAUAUGUAUUUGGAUCCAAGAGGGGAAGCUUACUUUCUCAGGGAGGUGGAUCCUGAAGAAGUAGUGGAUGCAGUUUCCUCACAAUCUUCUUCAUAUGAGGAGAUAGAUGGAAAACCCCAUGAUAAGAUCCCACCCAAGUCUAAGAGUAUGAAUUAUGAUUUUGAUCGGUGUGAUUCAGUUAGUGAUGUGACCAAUGGUAAGGUUUUGUCCAGGACUAACUCUAAACGAUCUAGGAUUUUGGGGUUUGUUCUAGGGAGGAGAUCUAUGCAAGAGCAUAGCUUGUCAAAGGAAGAGAAUGAUUCAAAUGUUGAUAGAAUUGCAUCAUUGGAGCAUGCUGAGAUUGCAGCUGAUCUCUUGGAGAUGAAAUGGUCAACCAAUCUUUCCUCCAGAAAUAUUGCGAAUGAUUGUAAAGAAUCUAUCAAGGAUAAUGGUGAAAGUAUUGGCGGAAGAUUGGACGCAAGUUUUGUUUUGCAUGAACAGCACUUUGUAAAUAAGUCCGGGGGUGAUAAUGAGAUGCCUGUAAUGGAGGUUCAUGAAACUUGUGUAGCAGAUGUUGUUAACAAGGAGGUUGAUGAAGAACACAGCAGUUGUGUGGAAAAUUGUGUUUCCAAGGAAGAGAGUUCGAGAACUCAGUUGGAUGAUCAUAAUGAGGCAGAAGUGGGAAUAAUAACAGCUGAAGAGCCAUUAAAAAUCGCAGAGAAAAUCUGUACAGAAGUUGCAGCUACUGAACAAGGAGAGGCAUCCAUAGAAGUUGUUUCAUGCAGUUCUAUUGCAGUGCCUGUUUGUCUAAACAAAGAUGAUAAGCCCACAAUGCAAUUGGAGGAAGCAAAUGAAAUCAGACUGCCAUUGGAGUCAGAUGGUGAAUUUCAAGAUGUUUCUGGUGAUUCUCUUUUGAUCAAGCAAGUACCUGAAAGUUUUGUGGAAGAACAGUUGAUCUACGGUGAUCUUGAUGAUUCAAAACCGAGCAUCAACAGCACAGAGCAAGGAACUCAGUCCGUAUCUACCUCACAAGUAGAUGAGAUAUGCAGUGAGUCAAUGAGUCUGAAGCGUGGUCCAUAUCCACCUCCACUUCCAGUCAGAAUCCGUCAAGAAUGUUUCAAAGGUGACAUUGAAGGGCAUAAGGGAUAUAUUAGAAGGUCUCCAAGUCAUGUUGAUAUUCCUAGGAAUUGUGAAGUUGCAGAAAUGGGUGUUGGUCGGCAGGCAAAAUCAUUGCCCAACAUGUGGUCUCCGUUUGAUGAUCCCAAUUCACUUAACGAGGAUUCCCAGUUCUACUCUCCUGCUGCCAAAUUUAGAUCCUCAAACUGGGAUUUGAUCAGGGAGGAUAUCAAAAAAUCAAACUCAGAGAAAGAACUCCGUUUAUCUGAUUCACAGAUUGCAGAUACCUUGUCAAAGGAUCUUAAAGAUGGUGGCAUUGCAAGCGAUGGUCCUUCCGGUAUUGUUGAUGGUGCCGGUGGAAGCUGGAAUUUGUGGCCAUUUAGAAGAUUGGGAAGUAAAAACACUUCUCAGAAAGAACAAAACAGUAAAAAGGAUUCUGAUGUUGAAACUGUAGUGGAGACGGAUGGAGAAAAAGAAGCAUCUUCACCAAAAUCAAAUAAGAUGCAUACAAGGGCACUUGCUCCAACACCCGAGCAACUAGCUUCGUUGAAUCUCGCAGAAGGGAAAAAUACAGUGACCUUCACGUUUUCAACAUCGGUUCUAGGGGCUCAAAAGGUGGAUGCCAGAAUUUAUUUGUGGGGGUGGGAUACUCGCAUUGUCAUCUCAGAUGUUGAUGGAACAAUUACCAAAUCUGAUGUUCUUGGACAAUUCAUGCCUUUGGUUGGAAGAGAUUGGUCACAUAUAGGCGUAACACAUCUCUUUUCGGCCAUUAAGGAAAAUGGAUAUCAAAUGCUUUAUCUAAGUGCUCGGGCAAUUUCUCAGGCCUCCAUCACAAGACAGUUCCUGUUCAACCUUAAGCAGGAUGGAGAGGCUUUGCCGGAUGGGCCUGUUGUUAUUUCUCCUGAUGGACUUUUUCCUUCUCUUUUUCGUGAAGUUAUAAGAAGAGCUCCACAUGAAUUCAAAAUUGCUUGCUUGGAGGAUAUCAAGGCAUGUUUUCCAUCCGACAGGAAUCCGUUCUAUGCUGGUUUCGGAAAUAGAGACACUGAUGAAUUUAGUUACCUCAAGGUCGGAAUAUCGAAGGGAAAAAUCUUUAUCAUCAAUCCUAAGGGAGAGGUUGUUGUGAACCGCUGCAUCGACUCAAAAUCAUAUGCUUCACUCCAUGCUAUCGUCAACGGAAUUUUCCCUCCUAUAUCCGUGCACGAGGAGGAGGAUUAUAACUCAUGGAACUUCUGGAAACUUCCGCCUCCAACUAUCGAGUGACUGAAGGUGUCCACGAGAAUAUUUUCGAUCUCACAGCCAUCAACGAAACCGUUUCUGUUCUUGUCAGCAGACUUGAUUCCGGCAUUGCCUUUCCAGCCGGAAAACCAACCUCCGGUAGCCCUAACAACCUGCCGGAGCUCAUUUCUGCUGAUCCGGCCAUCUUUAUCACUGUCAAACUUCAUCAACCAUCUUUUGAACUCCUUAACCGUGAGUUCUCUUCGGCCAUCGUCGGAGUUCUGGAUCAUGUAAGUCGUCUUGAAUGCCAUUAAUUUUCUUGAAGAAAUAUGAAAUCAGGUGGUCGAAUUUUUGUGAGGACUUGCUGCAAAUUUAUAGUUGGUUAAUGGAUGGGUUUUAUGGUGA